AUGAGUGAGAUAAUAUAUAUUUCACCACAACUUUACUUCAUUUCGCCCAAUUCAGAGAAAAAUUGGAAAAGUGAAACUCCAAGAGCAGGUUUUAUCCCACUUUUAAAAUCUGACAUUUCAAAAUUUCAAGCACAAACUAAGCUUAUAUCAUCUCCCUCUAAUAAUGUUACGCAGAGUAGCUCUUUGGUCUCUCCUUUGAAAGAAUCCAACUCCACGAGUAAGGUAACUUCGUCUGCAACCUCAUCAGCUACCAGCACGUUAUAUCAACCUCUGAAACAGUUCCUCCCGAUAUCGUUAGAACAGCAAUUGAAAACAGUUUGUCUUCAAGGCCUUCCAUCUCAUUUAUCAAUUGAAUCAAUCGAUGCAUUCAUAAAAUCGAUUUUCAGUUACAUAAGUUUGAAUCUACAAGUGGAAUCAUGGACUGCUAUGAACUUAACUGGAUUAGAUAGGCAAGAUAUAUUUAUUAGGGUUCGUUCAGAAGAUGGUGAAUCAGAGGAAAUGUUGCUGGCUGAUUCUCUUCUUCGAUUACGUUCAUUAUUGGGAACGUUGGAAAAUGAAGAUGGCAUGGUCACAAACUUGACUUUGCAUUGGGAUUCUAAUACGAAUGAUUUUAUUAAUGAUCAUAAAUCUCCAUCGUCUACUAUUGACGUUAAUGAAAACGAUGUCAAAUUUAAAUCCUUUUUAAAAGAAUUAGAAGAUAAGAAUAAGAAUGCUGAUAAAAACGCUACUUCUAACGAACUUGCUGCAUUGAAUGAUGAACAAUAUCAUAUUGACUUAAAUACCUUAAGUGAUUUACCGAGAGAUUCGCUGGAUCAAUUGUGUAAAGAUAUUAUAGAAUUCAGGACAAAGGUGGUUAGUAUUGAAAGAGAGAAGAGACUAAAAGAAGACAUUGAAGAAAAUAAGAGAAGGAAGCAACAAAUGAUGAAAACCUUUGAACAGAUUAGGAAAACGAAAAAUGCUUUCGAUCAAUCCAUAGUUGAAGAUGAGCAGGAGGAUGAAAUGGAUGAUGAGGAUGAUGGUGAGGACGAUUUAAUAAUAGAAAAUAGACGCUUAGAAAGAAUAGAACAAGAGUCUAACGAACGAUAUCAAGGCUUAUUAAAAGACUUAUUGAAUAACAUUGAGCCAGGGAUCAAUAAACUAAAGCAAAGCAUCCAACAAGCAGAAAAUUACGAGAGUAUUCUCUUGGAGAAUAAAGCAUUAUAUUUGAAGGAACUAUUAUAUUCAGCAAAUGAUGCAUAUUAUGACCACCAUAGAUCCUUCAAAGAGCAAGAAAUUGAAAUGGACCGAAAGGAUAGAGAAAAACAUGGUGAUCUAGAUGUGAAGACUUUAGAAAACCAAGGGCAGCAAUCAAUUGCAAUUUCUGGUACUGCCAAUCAUGGAGAAAUGGAGCAUGUUGAUAAGAAGGCAAUAGUAAACAAAUCAGCACCCUCCGGAGUCGAACAACAGCAACUUAAAAUUAAAUUUGCGUUUAAGAAAGCUAUUGAUAAAUCUGUAGAUACAUCCCCAUCUAAUGAAGAGGAAGAGGAACAGACAGAAGUGUUAAAAGAGCAAUCCACCUCGAUCUCAAAAGAAGACAAUUUACCAUUUUCUGAUGAGGAAUUGGAGCAGAGGUUACUGGGAUUAAGAAAAUCACGCAUCAUUGAUGAGUUAGUUAAAGAGUACUUGGGGGUUUACGAUGAUGACCUUGUCGAAUAUAUCAUUGUUAAUAUCAAGGAAAAUAAGAGUAAAAAGUACUUAUUAAAUGAAUUAAGGGAAACAUUUGAUGAGGAUAGUGUCUCAAUUGUUGAUAAUAUAUGGAAUAGUAAAGAAUUCAAUUGA